CACAUCCGCUCGUUUACACAGACGCCCCCAUCCACGCGCAAUCGGUCUACCCAUUUCCCACCGGCUGGACCUCCCCCAUGCCUGAGCCAGUGAGUGGAGGCGAGACUAGCCUACUGUACCGCCAGAGUCCGAGCGGUGAGGAGUCGCUUGCUGGGCAGAUUAGACGGUACCAGUCGGGAAGGACGCGGCACGACGAGGACCAAACAGACCCACGGUCUAUGUUCUCCCGCGUGGAUGGAUGGACCGAGAGAGAAUUCAACCUGAAACUGCAGUGCAGAACUGGCUUUUCAGGCUACCUUUGAUUCAACGCAUUUUGUUGACGGUCAGUCCUCCCUAGUCCUGGAUCCAGAGCUCUCUGUCUCCGACCCAGCCCCAGAGGACUCCACGACACACGUAGGCACCAUGACCCAGGAGGGGCAGGGACACCCCCAGACUGAACCCCCUACAUCCCCAGACAGCCAAAGGGAGACGCCAGCCCACCCUGCAGAGAAGCCAGCCACAAACCAAAGGCUGGAGGGGCAACGUCUGGAGGUGGAGGGGAUAGAGGGGACCAAUGAGAUGGAAGGGGAGGAAAGUGUUACGGUACAAAGGGAAGUACACAGAGAAAGAGAAGGUGAGGAAAGUGGAAAGGGAGAGGGUGAUGAGGUAGAUGAGGGAGUGGAACAAGUGAUGCAGGGAGAAGGAGAGGUGCAUGAAGAGAGAGAGAGUAUGGCAGAGACAAGUGAUGAAGAAGAUGGAGUGGGGGAUGAGAGGAUAGAUGCAGGGGAUGGUCAGCCAGACAGAGAGCUAGAGAGAGAGGAGGAGAGGGAAGAAAGGGAGGAGGAGGUAGAGAAGGAUGGGGAUAACAUGAACACAGAGGCCAUAGAGGAGUCAGAACCAGCCUGCGAGCCCGGCUGUGAGGAGGAAGAGGAGGAGGAGGGUGAGGAGGAGUUACCUCUACCACCACCACCACCUGAGGAUCAGGAAGAAGACCAGGACCAGGACCAGGACUUACCAGACCCACCACGGUCUCUGGACAUAGUCAGGCUGAACAAUGGAAUAGGACCUGAGAAUGGAAUCAAAGGGCAUGAAAAGGAGGAUGAUGAAGAUGAUGAAGAUGAAAGAGAAGGAGGCGGCUUAGUGGAGGUCAUCCAUGAACACCUGGACACGUUCAGCUCCACCUUCGAGUGUUCCGUAGAGCUGGCGGACACAGAGGUGGAGGAAGAGGAAGAGGAGGAGGAGGAAGGGGAGGGAAGGGAGAACCAGGACAGUUUCAGCUCUGUGUUUGAACGCAUCGUGGAGCAUGUUGUCGCCAUAGAGGGGGAGGAAGAGGAAGAUGAGGAAGACGGGGAGGGAGAGAGGGAGAAGAGCGGGAUGGACAACAAGGACGGCUUCAGCUCGACGUUUGAGCGUAUUGUUGAGUCUGCGCUUCUUCGCGGGGGGACGUGCUACAGUAGUCUUGACUCCCUGGAUGUCCUGUCACUCACAGACGAGACAGACAGCUGUGUCAGCUUCGAGGCUCCGCUCACCCCCCUCAUCCAGCAGAGGUCCUUUCUCCAGAGCCCUGAGCCUCUGGAGCUGGAACUAGCAACUGUCAUGGAGCAGGAGGGAAGCGAGGCUGGACCCGAGGCCCAACGAGGAGAGCCUGAGGCUGGGGAGAGUGCUGCAGGCCGUGAGCUUGGAUCUGGAGGAAGCCCACUGCGGACCACCAUCACCGGGACCAGGUCGGAGUUUGUCCUGAGCCAGCCUGGCCGAUGGGCCAUCCCAAAUGGGUUUCACAUGAACACCCAGGGGGGAGCGGAGGGUUCUGGAGCCAUACCCAACUCUAUGAGUGAUACCAACGUCACUGACGUUCCUUCGGACUCAGAGCCGAGCGGUCUGGAGCAGCUGGAGAGAGGCAGCACGGACACCCUGGCCAACGGUUGCCGUGCCGAAUGUAACGCCGCCAAACGCCUUGCCAAGCGCCUGUUCUACCUGGAGGGCUUCAAACGCUGCGAUGUGGCACGCCACCUGGGAAAGAAUAAUGAGUUCAGCCAGCUGGUGGCGUCAGAGUACCUCAGCUUCUUUGACUUCUCUGGUUUGUCAUUGGACAAGGCCCUGAGGAACUUCCUGAAAGCCUUUCCUCUGAUGGGGGAGACCCAGGAGAGAGAAAGGAUCCUGGUCCACUUCUCUAAGAGGUUCUGUGUCUGCAACCCCACAGCCCUCGCCCCCGAAGGAAAGGACAUAUCCGAACGGAAUGAUAAUGAUGAAGAAGAUGAUGACGGAGCCCAUACGUUAACCUGCGCCCUAAUGCUGCUCAACACUGAUCUACAUGGACACAACAUUGGGAAGAAGAUGUCUUGCCAGCAGUUCAUCAGUAAUCUGGAUAGCCUAAAUGAUGGCAAAGACUUCCCUAAAGACCUAUUAAAGGUGCUGUAUAAUUCAAUAAAGAACGAAAAGCUUGAAUGGGCAAUUGAGGAAGAGGAGUUCAGGAAGAGUCUAUCAGAGCUGGUGGAGGAGCAGUGUGAGGGAGGGGGGAAGAGGGGGGUUGCCAGGGUAACGGAUGGCAAUAACCCUUUCAUUGCCAUCCCCAUCCUACUCAACGCUGUCACCUAUAAACAUGGUGUCCUGACCCGCAAAAGCCACGCAGACAUGGACGGCAAACGCACCCCACGAGGACGGCGAGGCUGGAAGAAGUUCUAUGCGGUUCUAAAGGGGAUGAUCCUUUAUCUCCAGAAGGAUGAGUAUAAGGCUGAUGCAGAGCUGUGUGAGGGGGACUUGAAGAACGCUGUGCGUAUUCACCAUGCGUUAGCCACCCGCGCUACAGACUACAGCAAGAGACCCAACGUCCUCAAACUAAAGACCUCUGACUGGAGAGUGUUCCUGCUGCAGGCACCGAGUGAGGAGGAGAUGAUGUCGUGGAUAUUUCGUAUUAACCUGGUAGCAGCUCUGUUCUCUGCCCCGGCCUUCCCUGCUGCCAUCGGCUCCAUGAAGACGUUCAGUAGACCUCUACUGCCCUCCUCCUCUACCCGGCUAAACCAGGAGGAGCAGCUGCAGUUUCACGAGGGGAAGUUGAAGCAGAUGAGUAUGGAGGUGGAGGAACACAGGAAGAGUCCGCCCUCACCUUCUCCCAAGAGCAGAGAGUGGGAGGAGUACCGAAUCAAAGAGCACUACCUCAUAUAUGAGAAGAGUCGGUACGAGACGUAUAUCAACCUGCUCCAGGCCAAGAUGAGGGCAGAGACAGACGACCUGGAGAAGAUAGAGGCUAGUGUGAUGAGCGGGAUUGGGGAGGGCCGAGGGGGGUGUGAGGGAUACCUCCGGAAGACCCAGUCCUCUCCUUCCAUCAGCCAGCACAGUCUCAACGGCAGGGCCUCUGGACGCACUGACCCGGGCCAGCGGAGUUGAGAGGAGACCCCCCUUAAAAACGCCAUCAUGCACCCCCGUGUAACUGUCCUCUGAGCCAAAGGGCUCACCCCCCUAAAUGCCUAAGCACUGGACUCAUAUCCAACCAACUCCCCAAAUCCUCCCUCCUUCCUAUUUCAUUUUCCAGUAAAGCGGUAAUAAUUGUUCCAGCUAUACAGUAUUACUGGUGUUAUUUAACCAACAGCUAAUUGUCUCUGGCAGUGCUUAUAUGAACACUUAUAACAGAGAACAUGACGAUGUGGAAAAAAGGAUGAAAGAGGAGAGAGGACUUACCUGCAUAAAGGAAGUGACAUCAUAAGGAAGGGUGGAGUGUUUUAGUUUGAGGAGGUGGAUGGUGGAUUUCAGGGUGGAGGGGCACAGUAGCAUCAAGUAGUCUCUCUCACCUGAGCCUUCAACAGGUUUCUCUGGACCAUAUAGAGCAUGGAGACUCAGUGUAUCUGAACAGGCCUACUGAGCAGGCCUAUGUAACACACCUACUGUAUGAGAGCCUUAUGAUGAUGAACAACACUUACUCAGACUCUCAGAACUGUUAUGAUGAUCAACUCCUUGCUGUGUAGACUAUUUAUUAUUAAUACGUAUUUAUUUAUUGUAGAUUUCUUAUACCACUUGAACCUGAGCUUCAUAUAUGAUAACAGACUGAAUGAAAGCACUGUGCCAUGUUGUAUAACCCUUAGUUCUAUGUUACUGUCUGGACACUUGUAUUGCUGUCACGCUGAGUGGAAGUUGGGAUGGAGGAAUUUGACUGAGUAUGAGGAGUAACGGUUGAAGGAAAAAAGUGAGAUGUCUUGUUGAAUUGAACAUUUUUGAUUAAGUAGUGUGUGUGUGUGUGUGUGUGUGUGUGUGUGUGUGUGUGUGUGUGUGUGUGUGGCCAGUGGACGUGGGGUUCAGGGUUAAGGGAAGCAGAUCUAACGUUAAAGGAUCUGUGUUCUGUGUUGUUAUUCUUUGACGCAGAAGAAGAGAAGACGUCUCUCCCUGAGUUGGAGCUAGCUCAUCUUCCUAUCAUAUCAUCAUCAGAGUGCAGAUAAAACAAAAGACUGAAAGACAAAGCAGCAGGACUGCACAGGCUGAGCAGCAGAGGAAGUAGCAGAAGUGGUGAGCACCAGAGGAAGUAGAGGAAGUGGUGAGCAGCAGGGAAAGUAGAUGAAGUGGUGAGCAGCAGAGUAAGUAGAUAAAUUGCUGAGCAGAAGAGGAAGUAGAUGAAGUGAUUAGCAGCAGAGGAAGUAAAGAAAGUGGUGAGCAGAAGAGGAAGUUUAUGAAGUGAUUAGCAGCAGAAGAAGUAGAGAAAGUGGUGAGCAGAAAGAGGAACUAGAUGAAGUGGUUAGCAGCAGAAGAAGUAGAGGAAGUGCUGAGCAGCAGAGGUAGAGGAAGUGGUGAAGAGAACACAGCGUUACUCGUGUGUAGAAUCAUAUUCAUAUCGGAGACCAGAGAGAGGAGAGUAACCCAGCUCUCUCGGAACCAUGGAAAGAUGGAGGGAGGAAGGAAGGCAGUGGUUCUGCUGGACUACAUUAUUCUUCAUUGAACAUUGAAACUCAUCCCCUUCUCUUUCUCCCUUCCCCCUGGCUGGACUUCAGAUGGGAUAGCGUCCCUAAUUCUUAUUAUCUCUUUCUCGACACUGAAGCGGUACGGAAUAUUUGCACGGUCAGACCAGACACAGGGGCUAUAUAUAUCCUGUGUUUUUCUAUUCCAGAGUGAUGAGACUGGAUCAUUGAUCCUUAGCUCUGUUUACUGAAGUGGAAUUCAGAAUCAGAACUCCCAUUUUAUACCUUAUUAGUUAUGUCUUUCUUACUCUGAGGACCGACCUUGUCACUUUGGCUGUUGUGCUAACUAACCAUUGUUUUCCCUAUGUUUUAGGGCAGAGCAGUGCUGUUGUAAUAUAGAAAUGUGAGAAGGUUUUUUACUUUGCUGAUCCUGUCUAAAAUAUUAGUAUGUGUGUUUUUUUUUUAACUAAUGAAGCUAGGGCACUUUGUUGUAAAAAAUGGAAAUGUUAUAUAGUUGUUCUGUUUGUUUAGGGCAGUUUAAAGUGAAAUACAUCUUUACUAGUUAUUAUUGUCAGGGCUUCAUAAAGUCAUCUUUUAUAUAUAAUAGAAAUUGGUGGUGAUGUUUUUAUUAUAAAUUCUUUAUCUAGA